AUGGAUAAGGGAUCGAAUCCUCCGCCGUCGCGUUCUGCCACCACAUCAAACGACGUCGACUUUAAUAUCAAAAGUAAUCAUAGCAAUAAUCGAAAGACGGCGGCGGGUUCGGGGGUCCCACCACCUACGAAUAUUCCGGCUGAUUCCGAGGAGUACCAGGUCUUCCUUAAAAGCCGACUCGAGUUGGCGUGCGCCGCCGUCGCUUUGACCCGGGCAAAUAAUUUGAAGCUUCAAGAUUCAGCAUCUGCAGCGCCUGGAAAUGGAUCACAGGCUUCUCACGUUGGAGCUGGGCACGUAUCAUCAAUGGGACAAGAUAAGGAUGCCAGUGGACCACUUGGGUUAUCUUCCCUGCCCGCAGUGCCUAAGAAAUCUGGGGCUCAGGUGAAGUCAACAACAAGUGGCUCAUCUGGAGAACAAUCAGAUGAUGAUGAAGGCGAGGGAGAAACUGAUACAAAUCUGACUAUGGACCCUGCAGAUGCAAAGCGCGUACGGAGAAUGCUUUCAAACAGGGAAUCCGCAAGACGCUCGAGAAGAAGAAAGCAGGCCCAUUUGACUGAGCUCGAGACGCAGGUUUCCCAAUUAAGAGUUGAAAACUCUUCUUUGAUGAAGAAACUCUCUGAUAUAAGCCAAAAGUACAAUGAAGCAGCUGUAGACAAUAGAGUUCUGAAAGCUGAUGUUGAGACAUUGAGAGCUAAGGUAAAAAUGGCCGAAGAGUCGGUUAAAAGAGUAACUGGUUUAGGCCCAGCGUUCCAAUCUAUGUCCGAGAUAUCCACAAUGGGCAUGCCAUCUUUUGCCGGUAGUCCAUCUGAUACAUCAGCAGAUGCUGCUGUACCAGUACAAGUGCAAGAUGACACAAAACAGUGCUAUCAUCAAAGUUCUACAUCGACUGGUGAUCCCAGGUUCCGAAAUGGUUUAGUAGAUAUUCCUCCAGCGGAUAAUGCACGACUGAAUGAUGCAGCAGGCACGGGGAACAAGAUGGGAAGAACAGUUUCCAUGCAGAGAAUUUCUAGCUUGGAACAUCUGCAGAAGCGCAUUCGUGGAGGAACGGGCUCUUGUGGAGAGCAGUAG